AUGCGACGCAUGCUGGAAGAAGAAAUGCAAGUGCAGUGGCGAGCUACCUUGCCAGCGAUGCAAACGGUCGGGGGGGAACUGCCAGUACUCGACCAAGAGACGCCUGGGGAGGCCACGGGGAGCGGCAGCAAAGCUGGAGGGCGGGGGAGCGGGGAAAAGGAAAACUACGGCUUUAUUUGA